GGGUACGGGUACGGGUACCGGUACGGGUAUCGGUACCGGCGGCAGAGGCUGGGACGCAGCAGCCCGGUUUCGAGUGCUGCUCACGGGGCGGCGGAGCGGCUCGAGCCCGGCGGCUGCGGCUGCGGGAGGUGCGGGCCGGCCGUGACUUCGCGGGGACGCGGCGCUGUCGGGGCCCGUCCUUACCGCGCUUUGCUCCUCUCUGAAAGGACUUCGCGACGCCGUGCCGCCCGGCCCGGCCUGCCAUGCUUAGCGCCCCGCGUCCGGCUCCACGCCCGGCCGUCCCGUCCUCGUGGCACCGCGCCGUCCCGUGAGCGGCCGGGCUUGGGAACCGCGCUGCAGCGUCCGGAGCCUCGGAAGGGCGGGGAUGAGGGAGUGCGGCUCCGCGUUCCGGCGGCUGAGGGAGAGCCCCGAUGGGAGCCGUAACGGGAAAGAGAUCUGACGGAACCCAGCCGUGCGCGGAGCUGGAAAAGGCCUCGUUCGAACCGCUCGGGAAACGAGGUUCGGGAAGACAGGGAUGGCCGUCAGUAUGGAUGACGACGUCCCGCUCAUCCUCACCCUGGAUGACGGCAGCAGCGGCGCCUCGGCCCCGAGGGACAGCGCGGAUCAGGAGGAGCUGCCUGGCCAAAAUGGAGGUAGCUAUGACAUUAUUAACGAUGCAUCCAGCCCUGCUGCAGGGGACUGCUGUGCACAGCAGAGCUCUGCCCAACACAACUGGGAAAUGAACUACCAAGAGGCAGCAAUCUACCUCCAGGAAGGAGAAAAUAAUGAUAAAUUCUUCACACACCCCAAAAAUGCCAAAGCACUUGCUGCCUACCUCUUUGCACACAAUCACCUUUUCUACCUAAUGGAGCUGAGUGCAGCGCUGCUUCUUCUGUUGCUGUCUCUCUGCGAGGCACCAGCUGUUCCUAUACUCCGUCUUGGCAUCUUUGUCCAUGCAACCCUGGAGCUGUUUGCAUUAAUGGUGGUAGUCUUUGAGCUCUCAAUGAAGAUGAGAUGGCUGGGCUUCCACACAUUCAUUAGACACAAGAGGACUAUGGUGAAGACUUGUGUGCUGUUUGUACAGUUCAUAGAAGCCAUCGUGGUGUUGGUGCGCCAGACCUCGCACGUCCGCAUAACGAGAGCUCUGCGCUGUAUCUUCCUGGUGGACUGCCGCUACUGCGGGGCAGUCAGGAGAAACCUGCGUCAGAUCUUUCAGUCCCUCCCACCAUUUAUUGACAUUCUUCUCCUUCUGCUUUUCUUCAUGGUGAUCUUUGCCAUCCUGGGUUUUUACUUGUUUUCUCCAAAUCACUCGGAUCCCUACUUCAAUACCUUGGAGAACAGCCUCGUGAAUCUCUUUGUACUUUUGACCACUUCAAACUUCCCUGAUGUGAUGAUGCCAUCUUAUUCUCGGAACCCUUGGUCGUGUGUCUUCUUCAUAGUGUAUCUCUCCAUUGAGUUGUACUUCAUUAUGAACUUGCUUCUUGCUGUUGUGUUUGACACUUUCAAUGACAUUGAGAAGAGGAAGUUUAAGUCCUUGCUGCUGCACAAGCGCACAGCCAUCCAGCAUGCCUACCGCUUGCUCAUCACCAAACAGGGGCCACCUGGAAUUUCCUUCAGGCAUUUUGAAGGGCUAUUGCGGUUUUACAAGCCUCGGAUGUGCAGCCGGGAGCGAUAUCUCACUUUUAAAGCACUGAAUCAAGGCAAUACUCCUUUACUCAGUCUGAAAGAUUUUUACAAUUUCUAUGAAGUUGUUAGCUUGAAAUGGAAGGCAAAACGAAAUCGUGAGCACUGGUUUGACGACCUUCCACGGACAGCAUUCCUUAUUUUUAAAGGCAUCAACAUCCUUGUGAAUUCCCGUCUAUUCCAAUACACCAUGUAUACUGUGGUGGCUGUGAAUGGAAUUUGGAUUCUUGUUGAAACCUUCAUGCUGCAAGGAGGGAAUUUCUUCUCCAGAAAUGUCCCAUGGAGCUACAUCGUCUUCCUCACAAUCUAUGGUGUGGAGCUGCUCCUGAAAACCACUGGACUGGGGCCCGUCGAGUACCUGUCCUCAGGCUGGAAUCUCUUUGACUUCUCGGUCACCCUCUUUGCAUUCCUGGGGCUCAUGGCACUGGCAUUCAACAUGGAGCCGUUCUACUUCAUUGUUGUCUUGCGACCUCUUCAGCUGCUGAGACUCUUUAAAUUGAAGAAACGCUACAGGAAUGUCCUGGACACGAUGUUUGAGCUGUUCCCUAGGAUGGCCAGCCUAGGUUUAACCCUGCUGAUCUUCUACUAUUGCUUUGCCAUCGUUGGCAUGGAAUUCUUUGCUGGUGUGGUCUACCCGAACUGCUGCAACACAAGCACCGUGGCGGAUUCGUACCGCUGGGUGAACCACACAGUUGGUAACAAGACAGUUGUGGAAGAAGGCUAUUACUAUCUCAACAACUUUGACAACAUUUUGAACAGCUUUGUUACACUGUUUGAGUUGACAGUCGUCAAUGAUUGGUACAUAAUCAUGGAAGGGGUGACAUCUGAAACCACUCACUGGAGCCGCCUGUAUUUCAUGAUCUUCUAUAUUGUGACCAUGGUGGUGAUGACAAUCAUUGUGGCAUUUAUUCUGGAGGCUUUUGUCUUCCGCAUGAACUACACUCGGAAGAACCAAGAUUCAGAAGAAGACAAUGGCAUUGUGCUGGAGAAGGAGAUCUCCAAGGAGGAAGUGAUUGGGAUAAUUGAGCUGUACAAGUGGAGUUCAGCUGCCACUGAAAUUUCUCAGCUGCAGAAGAUUGUUUUGCAGAUGGACAAACACGGGCAAGCGUCAAUGCUGUUUCUGGGACGCAGAUCAAGGACCAAGAGUGACUUGAGUAUGAAGAUGUAUGAGGAGGAGAUUCAGGAAUGGUAUGAGGAACAUUCCAGGAAAGAGGAAUCCCAGAUACCUUUGCAAGAGUCUGCAUCUGCUUCCCAGAGCUCUCUGAAACCCCUGAGCCUCCGACAACGUUCCCAGACCGUCAUCUAGGCCUGGCUAGUGCAAGCUGCCUUCUAUGCAAUAACCUAGAGUAUUACUUCACAGCAUAUAUGUUGGGAUGAUGUAUAUAGAUCUGUUCCAUGUACUGGUUUGUGUUAGGGAUAGAAGCUCUUCUGUUAAGUGCAAAAAAACAGGUGGACUCUGCUACAACCAGACUGAGCAUGAUGCUGUGCUCAGCACAGUGAUCUUCUUGGACAGAAAUGGAGACCUUCUUCCUCUGAGCUGCUUCCCAAGCUCAAUCCUGCUGUUUAUCUUAGCAGUAACAGACCCUGGGGAAAGGGAUGUGUAAUCCAUUAAGAGCAGGAAGUGUGCUGAGGCUACAUGCUUACAAUUUAAAAAAGAAAAGAAAAAAAGAAAAAAAAAAAAAAGGCCCUUUUUGAAGGUCUGCUUCACUUAAAGGGUACUAUUAACCUAGGAAUAAAAGAUCAGGGAAGGAGGUAGUUUUUGCUUCGUGUUUUGUUUUUUGUUGUUUUUUUCCUCUCUGCCCUCCUUUUGCAAAGCAAGAGGAGGUGCUAUGGAACUUCAGCAUUAGUGGAGAGCAGCCUUUUCCCUCCUUCUUGGGACACCUGGAUGCAGUCCCUGCAGUAGAUUCAGUUCUGACUGUUGAAUUUAACUGUCCCUGAGCCAUUCUGUGGAAGCUGGUGAGCGGCAGAAAUCUUAUUGCAUUAUGACCAUAGUGGGCACAGAAAUGUAGGGAGACAAAUUCUUUGCUGUGGCUGUGCAGUAUCUGCAUCUCUGCAGGUCAGUUAUGCCCACGGCACUGCCUGGGAUCAGAAUCACUUCUGUAAACCCUUUAGCUCUCGUCUUCCUAGGGAAGGGUGAUUCUGCUGGGUGAGCUCCAUCACUUAGCCACCUGCUUGUAGAUGGCAAGACUUUGGCUGGUCAUUAGUUCAAAUAGGUGGCUGGGAAGGAGAGGACUUUGCAGCUCCAAACCCUUAAUUCUGCUUGGGGCUGAAACUUACAGAGAGUGCAUCAAACGGUACUGCUUGUUGGCCCUCAGGUAGGUCAUUGCUUUGUUUAACAGGAGGGUCAGUCGGCACAGCAGCAUUCCUCCUCCCUUGUUCUCGCCCAUGCAGAACUGUUCCUCAAGCUGGCAAGUGCUGACUGGGUCGGAUCUUAGGAGAAUCCUCUGCUGAAGGGCUUUACUGUUUACACAGUUCUGGAUGCAGAACUGUGAAGGACGAUGAUUCUUCUCAUCUGUCUGCUUUUCAGUGUCUGGCACAGAGGCUGCCAGACCAGGUAGCUGGGAGAGGACGAGGGAGGGGAAAAAGGCUCCUUGGCCAGCUCUGACACGUAAACUCUGGGAUUGUGGCAGGUUGCUUCAUCUCUUGUGUUUCAUUACUGCAAAGCGGUGACAGCCUGUCUCCGAGUUCCUUUCUUAUCCUGUCACCACAGAAAGUGCUGAGAGUGAACAUUGUCAGCGUGGAGGUUCACCGUACCUCUUGCUGUUUUAUUUUUUUCUCAGGUUCAGAUUACAGUGGAUAUGGCAGGGAUGGGAGGCUUUCCCCUUCCUUUGGGUGAAUGGGGUGGUGGGAUGUAGGAAAUGGGUGCACAUCCCAAGUACAUUUUUUGGAAAAGAUGAGAUUUUCAGAGGCAGGCAACAUGAUGUGUGCUCCUCAACUCUGAACAGCUGCAUUCGCUGAGUGCCUCAGGGCAGCUCUUUGUUUCCCUUCUGGGCUCUGCAAGUGGUAUGAAAGUAAUUCUGAGCUGAACCGUGAAGGACCUUAAAGGGCUAUUUUCCAAACCAUAAAUUCGACCACAAGUUAAUGAGCAGUGCAGCAUUUGUCUUGCAGUUGCUCUGCGUGGGACUGCAGACUGGAAGACUUACCUGCGUUCAUCCUGGAGCUGGGGGCGAUGUUUCCCAAGUUAUGGGCAGGGUGGGCGUUGUGAAGGUUAGAAAAAGAAAUGUGGCUUUGUUUAAAGUCUGUGUCACCGUGGCAGGGCUGUCACUGACCUCUUCUGGAGCUGCAGCUUUACGCUGUGCUGCAGAGGCACUGACCUACUCACACGUGGGAGAAGGGCUCUGGUGUGGGGAGCAGCACUGAAGCCCCUGGACUGGGCUAUGGGGCUCAGGUGCUGCAUUUUUGUUUUUUACACUAAGAUGUGGGUUUGCCCCCAUGUACACAAUGUAUUAUUUUUUAAGCAAGGAAGAUCACAGAAGUUUACUUUUUUUGGAAGGAAAAGAAGAAAAGAAGUUUGAGUAUGGGGCCUCCCCAACUAUUUGCUCUUCCUCCCCACCUUACCCACAGACUAACGACAAUCAUUUUGCAGGGAAUGAAGGAGGAACACCAGGGGGUUUUGUAUGCUGGUGUUUUGUUUAUAAAUAUAAUUUUAUGGACAUGUCUGUAAAAUAUUCUCUAGAUUUUUCAAGCACACUAAUAAAGAGCAUUCUCAGCUUUGUA